UGGGGUUGGCUCAUUUGUACCAUAAAUGAAAAGAAGCUCAAUGGAUGGACCAGAGGCAGCAGAGGAGGGGAAGUGAGGGACCCUCUGAUCAGAAGAGAAGACCACUCCGCAGCCCACCACCAUUAAUGGUGCAGAGAUGGGAGAACCCUGUCAAUCACUCAACGGCCCAACCUGUAAGGCGCCUCUCCCUCCUCCAAAUUAACCCUCUCUCUCUCUCUCUCUCUCUCUCUCUCUCGCAUUAUAAUAUAAUAUAAUAUUAUUUGUUAUACUUGCAUAAUUUGGUCACGGUCCUGCUUUAGCUUUCUUUUCUUCUUUUUUCUUUUAUUUUCUUUUGUUUUGUUUAUAUAAUAUAUUUCAUAGACGGCUCUGGUAGUCCUCCCCCACUCUGUGUGCUACACAUGCCACUGCUCUCCUCUUUGACUUCCAUUCUCACCACCAUCGCCCCCAUGAUUAAUGUUUCCCCCUUUUUCUGAUUUUAAUGCUCCAUUCUCCUCACUUCUCGCGCAUAUAAUUAAAUUCCACUACCCUUCUCUGUAACCGAACAAAGAGACACACACAUACACACGCCCAGAGAGAGAGAGAGUGAAAUGGCAGGAGAGCUACAAAAGAACAGCUUGUCCUUAGAACAGGGCCCCUCUGCAUUCGAGCAUGGUGAUGCUAGCAAGAACUUUGACGAAGAUGGCCGUGCCAAAAGAACAGGGACGUGGCUUACGGCAAGUGCGCAUAUCAUAACUGCGGUGAUUGGGUCGGGAGUGCUGUCUCUGGCAUGGGCAAUAGCCCAGUUGGGGUGGGUGGCCGGACCGGCUGUGCUCAUGGCCUUCUCCUUCAUCACUUACUUCACCUCCACCCUGCUCGCCGACUGUUACCGGGCGCCGGACCCCGUCACCGGAAAGCGAAACUACACCUACAUGGAGGUCGUCAGAGCCAAUCUAGGAGGUGUGAAAGUUCUGCUGUGUGGGUUAGCUCAGUAUGCAAACCUCGUCGGCGUAACAAUUGGAUAUACCAUCACUUCUUCAAUUAGUAUGGUGGCGGUGAAAAGGUCAAAUUGUUUCCACAAGCAUGGGCACGAUGUGAAGUGUUCGACAUCAAACUACCCAUUCAUGAUAAUAUUUGCAUGCAUCCAAGUGGUUCUGAGCCAAAUACCAAACUUCCACAAGCUCUCCUGGCUCUCCAUUCUCGCUGCCAUCAUGUCUUUUGCCUAUUCCUCCAUUGGCCUUGGUCUCUCCAUUGCCAAAACUGCAGGAGGGGGGCAUGUAAGGACAUCGUUGACGGGAGUGACGAUAGGGACGGACGUGUCAAGCUCAGAGAAAGUAUGGAGGUCUUUCCAAGCGAUAGGCGACAUCGCCUUUGCCUAUGCCUACUCCACCGUCCUUAUUGAGAUACAGGACACUCUGCAAUCGAGCCCUCCGGAAAACAAGGCCAUGAAAAAGGCUUCUUUGGUUGGCAUCACCACCACCACCUUUUUCUAUGUCCUCUGCGGCUGCGUUGGCUAUGCAGCAUUCGGGAACGACGCACCAGGGAACUUCCUCACAGGAUUCGGUUUCUACGAACCCUUCUGGCUCAUCGACUUUGCUAAUGCAUGCAUUGCUAUUCAUCUCAUCGGUGCCUAUCAGGUGUUUUGCCAGCCUGUGUUCGGGUUCAUCGAGAACCUGUGCAGAAAACACUGGCCAGAAAACAAGUUCAUAACAAGUGAAUACGCCGUUCAAGUUCCAUUACUGGGGGUUUACUACGUCAACUUCUUCAGGGUGGUGUGGAGAACAGCAUACGUCAUAGCCACUACAGUACUGGCUAUGAUCUUUCCAUUCUUCAAUAGCUUCGUAGGCCUCCUCGGCGCAGCGUCAUUUUGGCCACUGACAGUGUACUUCCCCAUAGAAAUGCAUAUUGCACAGGCCAAAAUGCCCAAGUAUUCUAUGACAUGGAUUUGGUUAAAGAUAUUGUGCUGGGCUUGCUUCAUCGUCUCACUGAUUGCUGCUGCUGGAGCCAUUCAAGGCCUGGCCAAGGAUCUACAGGCCUACAAACCAUUUCAAAACCAGCAAUAGCUCUAUUUUUGUUACCUGCCAAAAUAUGUAAUAUUUUUUAAUAAGACAGCAUUAACUAGUCAGCCUGUCUGAGCGUAUUUAACAUUUCCUCGAAAUAUGUUUCCCGAUCUCGGUCCCAAUGAUGCCACUACGAAUGUAUUGUGCUACAGUUUACCACAUAGGAACACAUCAGGACCUGUUCCUGCCACUACGAAUGUAUUGUGCUACAGUUUACCACAUAGGAAUACAUCAGGCCCUGUUCCUGCUUGCAA